AUGCACGUCGUUCCGCCUCACCCUAUCCGUCGACCUCCAGCUCGAUUCGCUCGCAAGUAUGGGUCAACUUUCAACUAUUUAGACCGCGCUGCAAACGUGAGCUUGUGUGACCAGGCGCUGGGUAAGGUCCGUAUCGACUGUGGGCUCCGACUUUCGAAAUCACAAUGGGGGGUGGCAGGCCCAGUCGACAACCAAGCCGGGAUUCUCUACAUGGAUCUCACCUUCGGGCAAACCAAAGACAGCCGCUUGACAAGCGCCGUGGUCGAGAUUAGCCUCGAGGAUCUGGAAGAUCUGCGAACAGGGAGCGAUUAUCAAAUUGAGCCGGAGUCAACCCCGAGAGACAACUUGCCCGUCCAGACGAACGAGGAGAACAGGGUGAUGGUAAACGAGGUAGUGGAACGCAUUAUCCUGCGUUUGCUUCAUUUUACCCACUUUGGCCCACGCGAACUGUGUGGUGAGCCAACGAAAACAACGACCAAAACAACCAGGCACUUGACUCCCAAUGUCAACGUUCUUGGCAAUGGCGCCGGUGGGCUUGGAUUGGAUCAAGAGCAGACUGUUGAACAGACCAGUCGCUGGCUCUUUACGGGUAAUCUACACCGAGGAUCGAAACUUGGAGCGGGCCAGAGAAGUAUACUGUCCCGCACGCUCAGGUGGGAGCUCUCCGAGGAUGAUUUUCAACCCCAGCCAAUGCACAGCAAUGUGAUCCAGACGGGGUUCGCGCUUGAACACGACUGCAGGCCAUUUUACAUCCGAGUAGAGAUCCAAGGCAAACUACAACGAAAACAUGGACGAUUCAAAAAUAACAUGAAACAGCUACUACGGUUCCCAUCGGAAUCCAAGAAACGUCAGGGAACAACCAUGACCUUGGUUCUUCCGGACAGGAGAAUGGCAAAUACACGGCGACUGGAUGCCAUUGCACAGGGAUUGCCCUACGACAUGGAGCGGGCGAACUUGGAAAGCGUACGGGUGCAACUACCUUCUGCGUUGCCUGCAUCUUUUCAGGAAGCCGCGCCGAUUUCCCAGGGUCAGACAGCUUCUCAGUGUGGCUUGCCGGCAUCCUCUAAAGCAGAGCGACCCUCAGCAGCCACGGCUCCGCUCGAAUUACCACAGUCUCAGGGCGAAAUAUGGCGGGGAGGUGAACUGAACGAAGAAGGAUUUCGGGAACCUUUGGCUGAACAGGCUGGAUCUUUGAGGCCGGUACGAAUCAGCUCGAAAAGGGACUCGACUGAGGAAACACUUUCACAAGGAGAGUUGAAUGAGCUUGUCUCCCAGCUCGCACAGUUCCCCGUCUUGCUUCGGAUCUUUCUGUGGUUGGUUUCUAUGAUAAAAUUCGCGCCGAAAAAAACGCCAAAAAAGAGUCUUAAAGGCGAUUGA